UUUUUUCUUUCGUUUUCCUUCUGAUAGUUUGUUUGAUACUAGACAAAUCCCUAGAUUUCUUCAGUGCGUCAUAUAGUAAACGACCUUUCAAGCCAGAGCAACACAGCGUCCCUUUAACAGACCAGACUGACAGGUGGCGUGAUUAUAGAUUUAUGCGAAAGUCAGCAUUUCUUUCUUCUAAGAAUGUAGUAUGGCCUUGCCCCCCGACAACAAAUUCGCUCUGGACUACCGCGUGAGGACGAGGAAAGCACCUUCUUCGCUGAAAGCCGCAUAGUUGAUCUCCUUCUUCAACCCACGACUUUGCAAAUAUUCCGUGUACUACAUCAACGAGCCCCGGGCGCAGCCCUUGUGAACUACUUACGGUACUAUCGCCGCUGCGUUCCCACCGACCGAGCCAGGGGAAAUAAUAGAGGUUUCCGCUUCCUCUCAAUCGAGAAUUGAUUUCCCUCUUUUCUUUCCACUAUUUUCCGCGGAGGACAAGCACCGACCCCAGGGACGUGCAAGAAGCGGUGUUUUGUUGAUGCGUGGAGGUUUCAUCGAAGUUGUGGAAUACAAAUCGAGACUCUGCGAGUGCGCGGUGCAACGAGCUUCGCGUCCGACCUUGAUUUGCCCCCCUCUACGCCGUCGACGACCACCUCCGCUUGGUCCGGAAGCUGCAGGAGCCUUUGUUUAUUCCGUGUCCUGGUGCUGUAGUCAGGCUCAGGAUUGUGUUUUUAUCGCACCAGCCUACUAGCCACAGCAAGUCCUCCUGCUCGGGAGACCAUCUUCACCAGUUCAGUCCCACGCAGUAAGUCUGGUCUUGCCUAAGUCUACUCUUCAGCCAGCCGCGCACGAUACCGUAGUACAAACCGCCGCCGAUCGUGCGUCUAUUGCCCAAAAAACAAAACAUUUUACUUCGCCCAAGAACGGCGGCACUCUCGUGACUUUGUCGACGUUCUGGUUUUCACGCCGCAGCUACUUGUCAGCAGUUUCCGGCUUUAUUGCGAAGAAACUACAAGACGGCCACCGUCGUGCCAGAAGAAGAUCAGGAGGCCACGUGUUGUUGUUCUAGCGCCAACAUCGCAGCAGGAGCUGCUGCCUGGCGCAGCAAGAGCAAGAGUCUGGUCCACCUCCUCCGCCUCGAGGCAGCUAGCCGUAUUCAACACUUCUGACACCACGACAAGUUCUUGUUCGUCGCCAGUCGGUGCGUUGACGACAGCUGCACCAAAAUAAAAUUCCUCCCCCCUACAAGUGUCAAUUGUCAACAUGUCGUGGAACCGCGACAAUUGGGGCGGCCCGGCAUCUUCCGGGCCUGUGUCUAGUACUACAACUUCGGGUAAAAACAACCAGCAAUUUGUUCCGCCCCCGCCGCACCUCCUGCACCAGGGAACCGCACAGCACCAGCAGGGAAAUAAGAAUAAUUCGAAGAUGCAGAAAAAUUCUGGUGGUUUAACAUUCGGGGCGGUGAACAAGGGCGGAACAGCGGGUCAACAUCUUGUUCAUCAACAAGGCCCUUCUGCUUCGAAAAACGCCACGUCUGGAGGUACAACGACUUUUCCGGCGCAAGACGAAGUUUCCAAGGCGUUGGAGACGCUACGCGCCGCCGGUUUCGGUUUAGACAAAAUCGCGCAGUUGCAGGGACCCGGUGCUUAUCAAAUGCAAAAAUGUUUGGGUCUGGAAUGUUGCUGGGUUUGUCAUGCAUAUUUUGCAUGACCCAGGACGUCUGUAAUGCAUGACCUAGCAUCACAGAUUUUUAGAGGGCUUCCUGAUGCCUAUUCCGCAUGACAAACGCCCUCCCCGCGUAGCACAAACUAGAUUCCUCUCGCUGAUCAUGCAAUGCAGAUUUUUUUAGAGUCCAAACCCAAAGUUAGCAUCACAAGCUCCAACUACCUUCCAGACCCAGACAUUUUUGCACCUGAUAGUGCUGGUACCAACAUCGGGGGACCAGGUGGGGGGAAGAACAUGAACAUGAGCACGAUGAAUAACAGCGCAAAUAAUACCAGCGCUCCAGCUCCUUCGGGUCCGGUACUAUCAAAAGGCCCACUGCAGCCGCACCCCUCUCCCGGCGGUGCAGGGGGGCCUGGCUCUGCUCCACCACCGAAGUACUCCGCGACGCAGUUGUUACACGGCAGUCCGCCCGCUGGUGUGGAAUCCUCAUUUGCAGGAGGACCGACGUCCAGCAAUAAUCAAUAUCAAAGCCAGCAGCAUCCGAGUCCGAAUGUAAUGAGCAAUUUCAACAAGGGGUCCGGAUCCAAGCAACAAAACAACCGGCCCGGGCCUUACAGCAGUUCAGGUUCUUACGGUGCUGGCGGUAAUAAUAUGAAAGGGGAACAACAAAUGAACACUUCUAAGUCCACCUCCGGCGCAGCACCAGGUACUAGUAGUUACAAUAAUGGAAGUAAAAGUACCUCGAACACUAUGAACAACUACAACAAAGGGGGGAACGGGAAGGGAAACAACCCAGUCUCCUCGUUUCAAAAUACGUCCGCGGGUGCCGGGCCGGGUGGUGCGGCGAACAGCAAAAACGCAUCUAGUACAACUUCAACCGCCGGUGCUGGGAAAGUAAAUCCGUUAGUGCCGUUUGAUAAGAAUAAUGUGCAGUGGAGCGGCGGGCCGUCAGCGUCAUUUUCGUCCGCAGGAGCGGGCGGAAAAAAUGGCCAGCAGCAGCAGAACAGCCAAAAUACUACCAGCUGGGACGACUCUCAGAAGAUAAAAACAUCAUCAGGAGGCAUGCACGACGUUCAACAGAAAGAUCACGCAGGUAGUGCGUCUGCAGCCUGGAACGCUAAUCAUGGUGGUAAAAACAAGGGCACAACUGGCUCCACAACGGGCGGUUCUAGUACUGAUAAAGGGGGCGCCGGGCCACCACCUCCCCAUCAUGCGAAUAAUAAAGGUGGUCACGCAGUAGCAGGAGAUCACCCUUCCACGACGACGACAGGGGCCUCUUCCUUCUUCGGUUCUGGAAGCAAGGGCAGCAACAAGAAGGGCGACAAAAAUAGCGUUGCUGGCGGCAAAGGUGGACCACAACACGACCAUUAUCAAGUGGCGACGAAAGGGGGAAACAGCAGCUACGCAACAACAUCAGGUAGCACUUACAACACGACAGGAGCUAGAAAUAAAGGUAGUAACUUUGGGAAACAAACUACGCAAACCCCGUCACAUCAAUUCCCGCAACCGAUGUCAGCGGAACAAAGGAGCAAGCGGCUGGAAGAGAGUACGAACGAAUUUUUGGCGAGUCUGAUCGCUCCAGGAGAAAGUCAUCAAGGCGGGCCUCCACCAUCCGGCUGUGGUACCACAACAACGACUGGUGGUGGCAAGAUGAACACGAAGCCAGCGGCGAUGUCGAACACCGCAGGCCCGAUAGUGCGCACGAAGUACUCCGAGCGAAAGAUGAUGUCUAAUACUGCAGCUGGUCGUGGGGACCAACACGACGAUCGUGGGACCACGAAAAUAAACCACGGAGAUGACAACAGCACAAUCGGCGGCGGAGGCGCAAUAUCAAAUGCAAAAAUGUCUGGGUCUGGAAGAAUGCAAGUUUGUCAUGCAUGUCUGGCAUGACUCGAGAAUCUGUGUUGCAUAGGCACGAAAGUGCCCUCUUACCUGUCAUGCAAAAACGCAGUUUGCCAUGCAGAAUACGUAAGACCACAUGGCAGCCAAGAAAUUUGUCAUGCAUAGCUGCGUAUUGCAGCGCGUCUAUCGUUCGCUUUUAGCAUUACAAGUUUCCAGACCCAGACAUUUUUACAUUUGAUACGCAAAUUAUAAAAGCAACAAGAAGGGAGCUUCCUUUUCGCAGCACCAGUUGCAACAACAAGCGGCAUAUCCUGUGCAAAAGUAUCGUACUCGUAUAAAUGCAGGUCUUGCAUUACAAAUUUCUUUGUCAAGGCAAAUCAGCAUUAAAAACUUCAUUUCUCAUGCUGAGAAAAUUUGUAAUGCAAUUUGUACUAGUACGAUGCUUUUGCAUGGCAUACGGCAUCAGCGCAUCUUCAAAACAACAGGUCCUUUCAACAAAACGACGGAAAACAAAAGCAGAUGACGAACUAUGUAAACAAGCAAGGAAGUACGUCUACAACUUCUACUACCUCCAAGGUCCCCCUGCCAACCGGUGUGUAUCCACGAAAAAACUGUGUAAAGUGUCACUGUGGAGGAAGAGCAGCAUCACAAAUUCGCUUUGCAUUUUACAGAAAAUUGACCAGUCAUGCGCAGUUAGUACGUGGUGUAACUGUAAACACGCACGAAGUUGUUGUGUAUCUAUAACGCACGACCCCCAGCAUGAAGAAGUGUAACUGUGUUGCAUGCUCUGCGUCACAGACUUACACACACACAGUUUUUUUCUUGCAUAGUGUGGGGAUCACGAAGAUUGUACCGAUCGACUUCUCCAUGAUGAAAAACAUUCCCGCCGGGCUGAUGCGAGUGGGAAGUGGAGGGAAUGGCGGUCAGGCCCCGGGGACAAGUGUUAAUAACCCUUUUUCAUCCAGGAUGAUGAACAAAGGGGGGCAACUACACCAGCCAGGACAGCAGCAGGGGAACUACAAAUCCGGAGCAGGAGCGACGGGAGCAGUCUUCGCCGGAGCCAAUAAUCACAAAAAUCCCCGAGGCACUAGUACCAUGAGAAACAACACCGGAGGGGGUGGAGGAAAGAUGAACAAUAACAAUCAUGCUGGGAUUUUUAUCCAGGAAAAAAAGAUUGUAGGUGUAACUUUCUUGGAGGAUUAGCAUGACAAAUAUCUCUCGCGUGACAGCAAAAACCUGUCAUGCGCAGAUAGUACGGGAAAACGCCGUUGAAUGGGUCCUGCAAUGCAGGCACAGCAUUACAGGCUCAAUCAAUUUGCAUGUUGCGCAUCACAAAUUUACACCAACAACCUUUUUUUCUUGCAUAGGGGUGGGAACAGCUGCAGAUCAUCCGCCGAACAGCGGCCGCGGGAAUCGCAGUAAUCGAAACAGUAUCAACUGCAAAAAUGUCUGGGUCUGGAAGAUUGCCAGGUUUGUCAUGCAUGUUAUGAAUGACCCACGAUGUCUGUGAUGCAUGCCCUAGCAUCACAGAUUUUUAGGGGACUUUGCGAUGCCUCUACCACAUGAGAAAUGCCCUCUCGGCUUAGCACAAACUGGAGUCCUCUUGCUGGUCAUGCAUUACAAAUUCUUUUAGAAUCCAGAGACAGCAUUACAAGUUUAGAAUCUUCCAGACCCAGACAUAUUUGCAAUGCAUAAACAGCAACAGGGACAAUACGUUGAACCAGCAGGGAAAUAAGCGAAACGACAGUCGUGGACCGGCGCCCCGCGACCGACGCCGCCGAUCAUCGCGGGACCGGGACAGAUAUCAAAUGCAAAAAUGUCUGGGUCUGGAAGGUUGUAACUUGUGAUGCUGUCUUCGGAUUCGAAAAAAAUCUGUAAUGCAUGACCAGCAAUGGGAGUCCAGUUAGUUUUUGCCACGGCGAGAGGGCGUUAGUUUCUCAUGCGGAACAGGCAUCGAUCAGGAAGCCCUCGCAAAAUCUGUGAUGCUAGACCAUGCAUUACAGACCUCAUGGAUCAUGAAAAACCUGCAUGACAAAUCUUCCACUCUUCCAGACCCAGACAUAUUUGCAUUUGAUAACAGAAGCAGAGACCGCGACCGAACGCGGCGACGGGACGGCAGCAGAAAUCGAGGCCGGGAUAAUAACAGGUAUACUAGUUCUUGUUUAGGAAAUAAUACCACUUGCAUCUUCUUGAUGCCACUAGAAGCCCUACGACAUCCAUGAUCUAUUCCGCAGUCACCAUAGGUGAAGCUUGGCCGAGACGCAGCUGCUGCACUCAACUUCUGACUUCAUUUUUUCGUUGUGCCUAGAAAGGUUCUUCUGAUGUUGUUAUGUAUGGAUUGAUGAAUGUGGAUAGGAUGAAGAUGCACGGAAAAGAAAAAGAUUGAAAUUUAUUCGAAAAAAAAAUGAAAAAGGCGCGGCGGCGGGAGUGGACGGAAUGCCCGUAUGAAAUUUUCAAAAAACCUCUUUAGUUCCCCUUGUAGUUGUUCACACGGGCGGCCUGUGUUUGUCAUGUGCUGACGAGUGAGAGUGACGGAGUUGUAUGUAUGUAAUAUAAGUACCAUUCUAGUUAGCCACGUUUCAUUUUUGUGGCACACGGCUUUACCACGCGAAAAUCAUUUAUUUUUAGAAGUCUUUCAUCGCUCAUGCAUUUGCAUUGCCCGACUGCAUGACAGACUGCAAGAAGUAAAACACCAUCUUCAAAGGGGACUACAGGGAGAACAAGCUUUUCUGUUUGAUAAAUCCCGCACCGCCGGCGAGGCUACCGCCCAGGAACGCCAACAACAACCGUAGCGGGGGACGAGGAGGAAACGUGGUCGAACCCAGGGUAAGUAUUUACUACUAACUCAAAACUUCUGUUUCCUUAUACAUGAAACUAGCACCAGCACCCACUGACUAUGUAUAAUAGAUACGUUGCUGGACAACUGUUCUUUCCCAGAUAACGAUAAAGUCACCUCGACGUGGUGGUCGUCCCAGCAUCCCUGCAUGAUUUCAAUUUUUCUCGAAACUACAUUUCUUAUCACAGCUACACCGUCCCGCGGCCCCGACGAAAAAGGGCGGCAUGGGUUCGUUUGGGGCUUUCAUGGCGAUGGCGAAACAAAACCAGCAGAAGGCCGCGAUGAACCAAGACGAAAACGGGGCCGCGACAAAGAUGUUGAAUAAAACCGCAGCGACGUCUGGUCAGGCCGCUUUUAAGAAGAAUUACGGUACCGGAACGGCGGGAGCUGCAGCACGACGAGGGUCCAAUACUUCUUCUAGUUAUUUCAACGCCUCCUCGGCUGGAGCUGUCGGCACGAAGCAACACGGGGCCGCGGGGGCGAAGCAGCUACAACAGGCAGGAGGUGGGGCGGGGUUGAACAAGAGCGCUGGAACAGCAGCAGCGGCUGCUGGAACCACGACGGUCGCAAACACGAGCAACGCCGGCGGUCCCGCCGCCGGUGUUCUUGUGAAUGACAAUUCGAGUCUGGAGGGGUCGAGUCAGGAUCUCGACUUUUUGGACGACGAGGACUCGGAGUCCGCACCCCUGCCGCCCCAGUUAUCCGAUGCAAAAGUAUCGAACUCGUGCGAUGGAUAGUCGCAAGCAGGCAUGACAAAUUAUCUCCUUCGCUGGCUAAAUCAGCAUGAAAAAAAUUCCAUUCGUCAGGAUGUGCUCGUUUGUAUUCAUGCAAUCACUACGACUACGUACCGGUACGAUUACGAUGCUUUUGCGAUUCAUACCAGUGGAUCAGCUACGAAACCGAGGGACAUACCGCGUACGAUAGAUUUUUUGAUUAGAACAAGGAUUUGAUGGUCGACCUCGACGUCGUAGUCGUGUGCGUUAUUUCAUCUAUCUACGCAGCAAGAGCAGGAAGUGAAUGAGUGGCUUUAUUAUGUUCUGUCCUCUACUCAAGUUUACAUUUACUACCUGGUAUACGUGUUACGCGUUUCUUUCUUUCUCGAAUAUAGAUGAAGAGAUUUACAGCUUUGUACUUGAUCAAGAUUUUUCUUUGGACUUGAAAUCGCUCCUUUUGCUUGUCCUCCCCAGGUAUUACAACAGUGAGACAAAGGAGACCACGUGGGACCGUCCGAAGCUGGAUCCCCUGCCCGCUGGUUGGCGACGGUAUCGCACGCCCGAGGGCGAGAUUGCCUACUACCACGACGAAACGCACGAGUGUCGGUGGGACCGGCCGGGCACAAGCAGUGCUGGCCACAACACAGACGAGGAAAAUGACCACGGCGAGGAUCACCCAGGUGAUCAGGAUGAAGAGCGAGGUGGCGGGGAUGAGGAUGCAGCUGCAGGAGUACCGGGCGAAGACAUUCUGAUGGAGGAUGAAGAGCCGGAGCAUCUCGGAUCAAAGGACGGGGCGGAAAUGAUGCUCGACGUUGGGGACAUGAUGCUUCCCGUGGACGUAUCAAAUGCAAAUAUCGAUCGGGGCCUGGAAGAUUGCGAGAUCUGUCAUGCUCGUCGGGCACAAGUAAAUGCACUGUAAUGCGUGGCUAGCAAUAGGUCCUCCGAGUCCGACCUGUGGUCAUGCGAAAACGCAGUUUGAUGUCAUGCGGAACAUGCAGCACGUAGCCUAGCCGCACAAAAGUUUGUCAUGCCUGACGGUGCAUUACACUGUGCUUCUUACUCCUCGCCAUGCAUCACAGUUUUCCAGACCCAGACCGAUAUUUGCAAUGCAUAGGUCGAGGAUGGUUUUGACGAGGAGGAUGUCGAACCUCACCCUGCGGCGGUCGAAGCGAUACGCGAAGAUGAGCUACGGGAGCAGGAAGACGAUGUUUUCCAGCACCAGCAGAUGGAUGCCGACGGUGGUCCUACCAUCAAAGUAGAACAAGACCACCACGCCGAGGAGAGGAGGGAGCUCCUGCGGCCCGACGGACCGAAGCAGCAGGACGAGCAGAUCGAUGACGCACGAGAGGUACUACAAUUACAUCAAGCGGCACAACCAGGUCCGCGCGACCAGGUGGGCGAAGAGCUUGGCGAUGAAUAUCUCUCGUCUGGGCAGCAAAUAAUGGUGGACACUCGUCUCGCUCUCGGGGGUGAAGCAGGAGAAGCUGCAGAGGGGGCUGCCCCUGAAGUAGACGACCGAGAUGUAGUUGACAGGAUGCUGACGAAGGACAAGGAGCAGGAGGAUCUUCAGGACGAUCCCGAAUUACUUAAGGGUUGAAAAAAUUAAGGUUUACAUCAGGGUUUUGGUUCGUGGUUUCAUAGAUGUCGCAGCCCCCGCCUUUGUCCCUCUUCGCACCGCCCGGCAGUUGUCCAGGUGGUGCCUUGGUUCGUAUUUCGUCUGGCUGGCAAAACCAAAGCCGCCGGGCCUUCAGAGCUGAAGGCCCGUCUACCUUGAUGCCGAUCCAAAUUGUUUGCGAGGUGUCGCCACAAUUCUGACGAGCGCGCGCUGGCUGAUUUGUGGGUCAGCAUUUCCCUCGAGAUCUAGGCCAGGCAAGCCGCCUCGCCUCGCGCGUUACUUGGUACACGGAGCAGGCUGCCCGGCUUUUCUGCCUCCGGAUCUCGUUCCGCAAUCCAGCCGGACGAGGUUCGGAGGCAGAGGUAGAGCACCUUCCUGGCCAACCACAGAGGCUUUUGUCUCUGUGGUGGCUGUCGUCAAGGCGGCAAGGUUUUGCUCAGGGUUUUGCUCCGAAAAUGUUCAUCGAAAUAAAAGCAAAACCUUAUUGUUUCCGGGAGCUUCCCCCGGGCUAAAAAAAUAUAUAAGGUUUUGCUUUCGCUUUGGUCUCCUUUUUGUGGCCAAAAGUGUGGAGUUGUUCUGGGCGGGUAUGUUCGCCCAUAUCGUGUCCAGGCAAGCGGCCUGGCCUUGCAAAUUACUUGGGGCAAGUGACAGGGCGCCCGGUUGCUCUGCCUCCGGAUCUCGUUCCACUAUCUUGCGGGACGCCGUCCGGAGGCAAAGGUAGAGCACUUUCCUGGCCAACCACAGAGAUGCUCGUCUCUGUAGUGGCUGCCGCCAAAGCGGCAAGGCUUUGGCCAGGGUUUUGCUCAGAAGAGGCUCACGGACAUGGACGCAAAGACUUACUUUGUCCGGGAGCCUCCCCCGAUCUAGAAAAGCAAGCCCUUGCUUUCGCUUUGUGCUUCAUCUUGUGGCCGAAAAUCUGGAGCCGAACUGACCCGAUAUGUUCGCCCAUAUCGUGUCGAGGCGGCCUGCUUUGUCGUGCAAGCCACCUGGAGCAAAUGGCAGGGCGCCCGGCUUCUCUGCCCCCGGAUCUCGUUCCGCAAUCUUGCGGGACGACGGGAGGAGGCAGAGGUAGAGCACCCUAACGGCCAACGACGGGGAUGCUUGUCCCUGUGAUGGCUGCCGCCAAAGCGGCAGGGUUUUGGUCCGGGUUUUGCCCCGAAAAGGCUUACCGCAAUCGAAGCAAAAACUUACUUUUUCUCCGGACGAAGCCCGCAGCUGCGCAGCCUCUUCCCCCGGACCCCGCUACGCGCCACCGCGGGAUGAGAUCUGGGGGCGGGGAAGCCGGGCCAGCAGCCCGGCGCCCCAAAUACCUCGCGGCGGAUGGCAUGUGUCUGGGGUUCUUCUGGGGAGGUAUCGAGGCUAAUAUGUUGGCCAGCAGUCCAGGUCAGCAGAAGCCGAGAAAAAUGCCGCCGCGGCUUCAUCGUAUUCACCCGGGGGAGAGGUUGGAAGCAGCAAGCGCGCGGCCCCCAUUUUGACCGACUUCUGCUGGUCUGGAUACCGGCCAAGAUGUUGAUAUCGGCGCAGCGGGCUCCUUCGGCUGGAUGGUCUGCGCCUUCCCUUUCCAUUCAGAACGAAGAGAAAAAAAAUGAAAAAUCGCAAAGCAAAACCUUGACCAAAACCUUAACUCUUUCAAUUCCUAAAUUACUGAAGGAGCAGGAGGAUCUUCAGGACGAUCCCGAAUUACUGAAGAACCUCGACGACCACCGUUUCUUUGGAGAGGACGUUGAACUGCACGAGCAACCAAACUCGGAGGAAGACCACCAUGCGGAGCCAAGUGUCGCGGAGCAGGAAGAAUAACGGACGCUCCUAGUGCGGCCCCGUAGUACCGGUUGGGUACUAGUAAGUACAUUCUGGAAAUAAUGGAGGCAACCGAUAGAGUCCUGUGGUGGAAGCGUCACGGCUACUUUACUCUUUACAAUAUUCAGAAAGAUGAAACAACUGUUGCAAACGGCUGAAGCCGUAUGUUUUACCCAACGCAAAAGACCACCAGACCCAUUCAGGCACCCUCGCCUGCUGAAAUAAUUUCGAAUACUCAGGUCACAAAAGAAAAAAGCGAAUAGACAUAAAAAAAAACAAAAGAUACCGAGCGUUUCGAUUGAC